CAUAAAUCACUCCUCUUGGGGAGUUGGGACUGCCUACAGUCUACACCGACCCUACGUAACCAAUCACCUCACUCCACCACCCACCACCGCACCCGCGGCGGACAUCCGGCGCCGGCUGUCCCACAGCCGCACCACAUUCCCAUCCAGAACAUUCAGAUCCUGCCACCGGUACCACCCCAUGUCCCCCAUCCUCACCCCCACCAUCGUCCUCUCCCAACCGCCGCACUCCCGCCGCGAUUCCGCCGCCGCCGCCAACACUUCAUCACAGCCGCCGCCGUCGAUUUCCCCCAAAUCAUCCUCUACGCGCUGAACUUCCCUUUUGGACUGCAUUCGCUCUCCACUGCGCAGCAGGACGCCGGAACCAAAUCCUCGGCCGGCGAAUCCGCCACCACCGCCACCGCCGCCGCCGCAGACUUUUCCGGCUGCUUUAACAGAGCAAUUCCGUCUCCCCUGCGCGGCGGCGGCGACGACGAACCCCUGAUCCUCCAGAAUCCGACGGCGGCGGUUAUCACUGCCAGCCACGCCCAAAUGCUGUUGGCCACCGCCAGCCAGCCGUGGCUAAGG